AUGUCUGCACCACAUCCAUUUGAUUCCGUCAAGGAUUAUGAAAUUAGAUUAGCUUCUAAAUUAGUUAAAGAUGCUUACCCAGCAUCUGCCAAUGUCCAUUUUGUUCAAAUCGACAGAGUCGAUCCACCAAAGAAAGAAAUGAAAAAGUACAUUGCUGCUGAAAGAGAAGGUUUACCAUUACCAAAAAUCCCAAGAGUUUUAUAUUGUUACUACUAUACCAACACUUUAGAUUUCAACAAGGCUUUAGUUAACGUUACUGUUGGUCAUAUUAUCACUAAAACUCAAUUACCAAAAGGUGUUGUUGGUCCACUUUUACCAGAUGACAUGGCUGAAUGGGAAGAAUAUUGUAACAACCAUCCAGCCGUUAAAGCUGAAAUUGAAAAAUUGCAAUUACCAGCUGGUUACACUGUUAGAAACGAUCCAUGGAUUUAUGCUACUGAUGAUCCAAAUGAAACUAGACCAUUGAUUCAAUUUUACAUGUAUAUUUUGGCUGGUAAUGGUCAUACUGAAUCCAACCACUAUUCAUUACCUUUGAAAUUCAGUCCAGUCUUCGAAUGUUUCACCAAAAAAUUUAUUAGAAUUGAUUACUUGCCAGGUGGAUUUGACCACAAGACUGUUCCAACUGGUCCAUGGCAACAAGUUCCAUGUGUUGAAUACCAUCCAGAUUUGAAUGGUGAAACUGAAAUGAGAGAUGUUAAACCAUUAUUGAUUUCUCAACCAGAAGGUCCAUCUUUUAAAGUUGAAGGUAACAAAGUCACUUGGCAAGGUUGGGAAUUUAGAAUUGCAACCACUUCAAGAGAAGGUUUUGCUGUUUAUGAUUGUUGGUUCAAAGGUAGACAAACUUUCUACCGUAUUUCCUUAUCUGAAAUGACUGUUCCAUAUGGUGAUCCAAGAGCUCCAUACCACAGAAAACAAGCUUUUGAUUUAGGUGACUGUGGUUUCGGUACUAAUGGUAACAAAUUGGCCCUUGGUUGUGACUGUUUGGGUUAUAUCAAAUACAUGGAUGGCCAUGGUAUUCAUGCUAAUGGUGAACCAUUUGUUAUUCCAAACACUGUUUGUAUGCAUGAACAAGAUGAUGGUUUGUUGUAUAAACAUGUUAACUACAGAACUGACAAUGCUGUUGUUGCCAGAAAGAGAGUUUUCAUUGUUCAAACCAUUGCCACUGUUGCCAACUAUGAAUAUAUCAUCAAUUUGAAAUUCGUCACUGACGGUUCUAUUGAUAUUGAAACCAGAGCCACUGGUAUUUUGUCAACCAUGCCAAUUGAUGAAAAUGUCAAAGUUCCAUGGGGUACUAUUGUUGGUCCAAAUGUUAUGGCUGCUUACCAUCAACAUAUCUUGUCAUUCAGAAUUGAUCCAGCUAUUGAUGGUCACUUGAACUCUGUUGUUUAUGAUGAUGCUGUUAAAUUACCAAGAGAUGAAUUUAACCCAUUCGGUAUUGGUUUUGUUACCGAUAGAAAAUUUGUUGAAAAAUCUGGUUAUGUUGAACAAGCUCCAUUUAAGAACAGAACUUAUAAGAUCAUUAAUGAAAACGUCAUCAACCCAAUCAGUAAAACUCCAGUUGGUUACAAGAUUAAUAUGCCAGCUAGACAAAUGUUGUUGGCUGAUCCAGAUUCAUUCAAUUCCAAGAGAGCUCAAUUUGCUACUCAACAAGUUUGGGUUACCAAAUACAGAGACCAUCAAUUAUUUGCUGCCGGUGAAUUUACUAAUCAAUCUCACACUGAUACUGGUAUUGGUGAAUGGGCCAAUGGUGCUGAUGCAGUUAGAAAUGAAGAUGUUGUUGUUUGGGCUACUUUGGGUUUUACUCAUAUUCCAAGAGUUGAAGAUUUCCCAGUUAUGCCGGUUGAAACCCACAACAUUCAAUUGGCUCCAUUUAAUUUCUUUAAUAGAAACCCUGCUUUGGACUUGCCUCAAUCAAGUCAAGCUUUCAAUAAAUCCGUAUUGGUUGCAGGUGAACCUGAAAAAGCUUGUUGCAAAACCAACCUUUAG